CUGCCCCCUGCCUGUGUGCUGGUUUCAGGUGAGCAGUAUUUAGAAGAGUUUGGGAAGAUAAGCCUGAUAAGAAAAGUUCCUGCUAUGCGAGAUGGAGACUUCGGCUUGGCUGAAAGCAUCGCCAUCCUGCUCUAUCUGGCUGAGAAGUUUAAGACUCCAAACUUCUGGUACCCAGCUGACCUCCAGCAGCGUGCUCGCAUCAAUGAGUAUCUGUCAUGGCAGCACACCGGCAUCCGCUGGCAUGGAUCCAAGAUGUUCUGGCUGCGGGUUUUGAUUCCCAAGAUUCUGGGCGUGGAUGUCCCGCAGGACAAGCUGGACUCAGCCUUGGAGGACCUGAACGGCUCACUGAAACUCAUGGAGGAGAAGUUUAUCCAGGACAGGCCUUUCAUUGCAGGAGAUCAUAUCUCACUAGCUGACCUGGUUGCCAUUGUUGAGAUUAUGCAGCCCGUGGGCUCUGGCCUGGAUGUGUUUGACGGGAGACCCAAGCUGAGCGCGUGGCGAGACAGAGUCCAGGCCGCCAUCGGAAAGGAGCUGUUUGACGAAGCCCACCAGAUGAUCCUGGGAGCUCUGGAGAGCAUGAAGCAUAUAGACGGCAGCAAGUUGGAGUUCUUCAAGCCCAAAAUCCUCAAGUUAUUCCUGUGAAGAGAAGUUUUGGUCAAUUUAGAUUAAAGUGCAAUCAACCUUUUUUUCA